AUCGGCUUCCCCCUCCCGUUCACGCUCGUGUGCGAGUCUGGUAUCGGCAUGCUCAUCAUGGGCUUGGGCAUGAUGGCCGCUUGGGGCCACUUUCUUCUUAGAGACCCUAUUGGACGCCUUGCAUUCACUCGUCACUUUACGUUAGAGACGAUGCAAGCCAGCAUGGUGUGGGUGUAUCCAGCGUACGCCUACGUCUUCAACGAGCUCUCAGGAGGACGCCAAAUCGCCGCGAUGGCGCUGUUGCCAGUGAUCAAGACGUUCUACAAGAACGCGUUUGCUCGUAUGCUGCGUGAACGUCAAGAUCUUCAACCUUGCCUCGUGGUGUUUAGUGCGGAGUUAUAUCACGUGCUGUUUCUGUCGUGGUGUAUGAACGGCUCCGUCUCGAAGGCGACCAUUGUUUCGUUCAUGCUCGUUGACGUCCUGGAAGCGGUUAUUGCGUUGCAUGAAGUUGACAACGCGGUCGUUCGUAUCACUUCCAGCGUUACGGCCAGUGUAAACGUCCACGGGCUGUCUGCUUGCUCGAGUCUGGUGGACUUGGCAGUGGCAGCGCAGCAAUCGAUGAUUACUUCGGACUCUAGCGCUGACACGGCGAUUUUCCGCGAGUUCGUGCACCACUCCGCUCGGUUGCUGUAUUUGACCGAGUUCGUGUUACUUAUUGAGUUCACCGAAGUCAUGAUUCCCUGUAUGUACAGUCUUUAUCUGCUAGCGGCCUAUCACCUGCCCAACCGCGUGUACUUAAACAUCAUUCACGACAAGAGCAUUGAAGAAAUCUCGUACAACAUCUUCGCACUCUUGGGCUACUCGUCCCUGGAGAUCGUGUCUCUGACAGUGCUGGGAGUAAUCCUGCAGCGGCGCACUCGAGUCUCCGUGCUACGGCAACUCGCGUUCGUUCUUGAGACCAACUGGGCGCUCGUGCAGGCCAAUAUCUGCCUCUGGGUCACUCUAGCCAUGCAAGCGCCCCUGGAGCACUACGGAGUGGACUUCUCCUUCCAAUUCAAGUGGCUC